AAUUUCCGUAUUAUACAGUAUCCGCCAUGACCGACCUCCUCUCGUCUGAUAAUGACGAAAUCGACUUCGACCGUGCCGCGUCCGCCUUCCCCGACAUCUCUCUCGACGGCGACAGCGACAUCCCGUCUGGCCCUAUUAUACCCACAGUGACCAAUUCGAACUUCGAUGGCGGGUUUGACCUUGGCGACUUUGAUAACGCGCCUGUGAGGGAUGUGAAAGUCACGGGUGACGAGGAUGGGGAGAUUGAGAAGUUCGAGAGCGAGUUUCCUGAUAUCGGUGUGCCGGAGGAGGUAGCCCCUUUGCCCUCUUCACAGCCUACAUUUGGCGCAAUUCCGCCCUUUGCGCCGCGUCCACAGCCUUCGGCGCUCUCCUCGACGCCAAUUUUGACACAGCACAUCGAGGAAGAUGAACCUGAGGUCAUCCGAGAAUGGCGAGAGCGUCAGGCCGAAGAAAUUCGCGCUCGGGACGAGGCCUCGAAGGCCAAGCGCCAGGAGACAAUCUCGAAAGCCGAACGUGCCAUUGACCAGUUCUACGAGGAGUACAACACGAAAAAGGAACGCAACAUCUUGGAGAAUAAGGAGUCUGAGGCGACAUAUGUCGCCUCUUUGACCGAUGCACUCUCGCAAGGCACGACUUGGGAUCGGAUCUGCGAGCUCAUCGAACUCCAGAACUCGCAGAGCAAGACUCUCUCGCGCGCAGGGCCGGGUACAACAGAGCUGGCGAGGUUCCGCGAGGUGCUUCUGCGGUUGCGUCGGGAGGGGACGAGUGCGCCAGGUGCGGCUGGGUACUAGGUUGAGUACUAGGCUAGGCUCCUUGCACUUAUCAAGUCAGACAUCACGUCUGUGCCAGGUUCCCUUGGCUUUCCACUCCAAAUUCUUUGAAAUCUCGUGUUCAGCCUAGAUAUUUGGAAUACAGCCGCUCCACUACAGUCAAUGUCUGAUUGACAUGCUGCCGAGACUACUGCAUAUCGUGCGACAUCGUGGUAAUGAGAUUCAGUUUUGUGUGU